UCAUAUAAUAUGCAUUGCAUGUUACAAUUCCAAAGUAUUUGUGCCCACCCACCAAAUAUUAUUAUUAUUUAUUUUAAGGUCCACUCUGACCACAAAAUUCACAAAGAGGAUGAUAACAUUACCACCAAGAAACCAAACACAGCCCAACACCAACAAAAAUUUCACGAUGACCAAAUUUCAUGUGGUUUUCAUCUCAACCCCUGGCAUCGGAAACCUAGUCCCACUCGUCGAGUUCGCUCAGCUCCUAGGCAAUCAUGACCGUCGGUUCCACGCCACCAUCCUCAUCAUCAACAUGUCCCAACGGCCCAUUGUCAAAACCUACAUCCAAUCUCGCGCUGCCACGUGCACGAACAUCAGCUUCCUCCACCUGCCUGCGGUGGACCCGCCCUCCCCUGAUCAGUACCGGUCCUCGAUGGGCUACAUAUCCCUGCUCAUACAAAACCACAAAACCCACGUGAAGAAUGCCCUCACCAACCUCGUGUCGCCCGAGUCAGACGAGUUUAACCCGGGCCGAGUUGCUGGGCUAUUCGUGGACAUGUUUUGUACAUCCAUGAUUGAUGUUGCUAACGAGCUUGACAUUCCUUGUUACCUCUUUUUCGCUUCCCCAGCAACAUUUCUCAGCUUCAUGCUUCACCUUCCUACCUUGGAUGCCCAAAUCCCCACUGAGUUUGGUGACUCGGACACCGAGUUGAGCAUACCGGGUUUCGCUAACUCGGUGCCCCCACUCGUUUUGCCUACAGCGGUGCUGAAUAAGAAGGGGGAUGCGUACUAUUGGUAUUUAUCCCAUGCACGAAGGUACACCGAAACAAAAGGUAUUGUCGUGAAUACGUUUGAGGAAUUGGAGCCACAUGCUCUUAGUUCAUUGGCUAUGAGUCCGAUGCCGCGGGUUUACCCGAUUGGGCCAGUUCUUGAUCUUAACGGGCCGGCCCAAUGGCAUGACCCAACCCGGUAUGAAAUAGUCAUGAGAUGGCUCGAUGACCAGCCCACAUCAUCGGUCGUGUUGUUAAGCUUUGGAAGCAUGGGGAGUCUUAGCGGGCCCCAAGUGAGGGAAAUAGCGUUCGGGCUUGAACGGGCCGGGUUUCGAUUCAUAUGGGCCUUGCGUGACCCGCCCAAGUCCCAACUGGACCUCCCGAGCGACCCGGCGAGCGUGGACGACGUAUUGCCAAAUGGGUUCUUGGAACGGACUUGUAAGUUGGGCUUGGUUUUUGGGCUGGUCCCACAAGCGAAGAUUUUGGCCCACCCAGCAAUCGGAGGGUUCGUGUCGCAUUGCGGUUGGAACUCGAUCUUGGAGAGCUUAUGGUACGGUGUACCGAUUGCCACGUGGCCGAUUUACGCAGAACAACAAAUGAACGCCUUUGAGAUGGUGAAGGAAUUGGGAUUGGCAAUUGAGAUUAGGUUGGAUUACAGGGAGGGUAGUGAUUUGGUGCUGGCGGAGGAGGUGGAGAGGAGCAUAAAGCACUUGAUGAACGGUGGUGAUGUGGUGAGGGCUAGGGUGAAGGAGAUGAGAGAGAAGAGUAGGAUGGUUUUGUUGGAGAAUGGAUCUUCAUACCAAGCGUUAGGGGCUUUAACUGAGAAAUUAGUGCCUAAGAUAUGAGCCCACCAGUCAAGCCCAAACGCUUUAGACCCAAACAGCAAAAUAUGAAAUAUUUCUCGGUCGGUCAUUAUUUCUGAGAAAAGAGGAAACUUGGAUGUGGAGGGAAAAGAAAGGAGAAGAAAAUGCCGGUGGCAAGACCUGAAACAUCUGAUUCCAGAGUCAUUGCUCAUGUAGACAUGGACUGCUUCUACGUUCAAGGUCUCUUUCUCUUUUUCUUUCUCUAUGUUCUCUCUCAGUGUGUCUUUAAUUGUAAUUGUGAGUGGUUCUGUUAGGGUUUGGAAAUGAGUAAAUCAAUCGGUAGUCUAAAAUGCACAAUUGGGGAGAUACCCUUGUGAGUAUUUUGGUUGAACCAAUAUUGAAUUGUCAUGUUCCGAUUAAAAACCAUAGCUUUUGCUGGAGAACAUUGAGAGCCAUGGCUUAUAUGGUAUUUUGAAUAAUCCUUCGCCAUUCUGAGCAGAAA